AUGUCGGAUGCCGCUAGAAACCUGGAGAGGAAAAAGCAACAAGGCCGGGCAGAGCCGCUCGGAAUCAUUCCCCAAAAACAGAGAUGUCCUGUACUUGAGGAUCAACUGGUGGAUUUGGUUGUUGUUGCCAUGGAGAGAACAGAAACAGACAUCACAGUAGAAGAAGGGUCAUCCAGCCAUGUACUAUGGCAACAUUUGUCUAGUCAGCUCAUCUAUUUUGUUUUAUUCCAAUUUGCUAGUUUCCCUCACAUGGUUCUAUCUUUACAUCAAAAAUUACGCUCCAGAGACUUGACAAAAGGACGUGAUCAUCUGAUGUGGGUAUUAUUACAGUUCAUAUCUGGCAGUAUACAGAAGAAUCCACUCAGUGAUUUCCUGCCGGUUAUGAAAUUAUUUGAUUUAUUGUAUCCAGAACGCGAUAGUUUACCAGUAGCUGACAUUUCUAAACCACAGUCCACACAUUCAUUUGCUAUGACAUGUAUUUGGAUUCAUCUCAAUAAGAAAGCACAGAACGAAUUCGCCAAGCUACAAAGACCUGUUCCUACAGCUCUCAAGGCACAGCUAGAAUUUCUUGAUCAGAGUAUUACGACAAAGAGUUUACCAAUGUCAGAUUAUCGCAUUGCACUUCUAUGUAAUGCUUAUAGCACCAAUACGGAAUAUUUCACGUUGCCGAUGGGGAUAUUAGUUGAGACGAUUUAUGGCUCCAAUAAAACAACUACACCAAUAGCUGGUGUCAAUUGUGUUGCUUCGGGACCAAUCACGCCAUUAUCUAUGAGUUUACUGGAUUCCCUUACCAUCCAUGCAAAGAUGAGUUUGAUUCAUAGUAUUGUUACCAAGGUGAUGAAGAUGGUCCAGAAUCCUAUGACGGCCAAUAUAGCACUAGCGCCGGCAUUGGUGGAGACGUACAGUCGGUUGUUAGUCUACAUUGAGAUUGAAUCUCUUGGAAUUAAAGGUUUUAUUGGUCAGCUGUUGCCAAUUGUAUUCAAGAGUCAUGCAUGGGGGACACUUCACACCUUAUUAGAGAUGUUCAGCUAUCGAUUACACCACAUACAACCGCAUUAUAGAGUACAAUUACUGAGUCAUCUGCACUCUCUAGCAAUCGUUCCACAGACAAAUCAGCAUCAGUUACAUCUAUGUGUUGAGACCACAGCAUUACGUCUAAUCACCAGUUUAGGCAGUAUAGAGGUACAGCCCCAAUUAUCUAGGUUCUUGAAUGAUCCAAAACAGCUCUUGUCAACUGAAUCUGAAGAACUGAAUAGAGCAUUGGUUUUGACAAUUGCCAGAGCCAUGCAUGUAACAGGAAACUGGUGCAAAGAUAUCUUAACUACUCUUAUACACAACACACCUCAUAACUGGGCAAGUCACACACUAUCAUGCUUCCCAGCCCCAUUACAACAGUUCUUCAGACAGAAUCCUGCCACUCAAGAAAAUAGAGCCGCAAUGAAGAAAAGCGUGGAGGAAGAGUACAAGAAAUGGAAAUAUUAUGGACCGAUGGAGUGCAAUAAAAUAAUGCUUGAUAAUUUGAUAAACUUGUUAUGGAAGAUGUUGUUAGAGACGGACCAUGUGAGCGCUGUAGCCGUGAAGAUUUUAGAAAGAAUUGGGGCACGAGCAUUGUCAAGUCAUGUUCGGACGUUUGCUGAUUUCUUGGUCUAUGAGUUCUCUACGUCUGUAGCUGGUAACCAUGUGAACAAGUGUAUUGAAACAUUGAAUGAUAUGAUAUGGAAGUACAAUAUUGUAACAUUGGAUAAACUUGUCUUGUGCCUGGCGCUGCGUAGUCAUGAAGGAAAUGAAGCACAAGUUUGUUCGUUUAUUAUUCAGUUACUAUUGCUGAAAACGAGUGAAUUCCGAAGCCGAGUCAACGACUUUGUAAAAGAAAACUCACCAGAACAUUGGCUGCAGACCGACUGGUACUCUAAACAUAUGGCUUUCCACAGGAAAUUUCCUGAGAAAUUUUAUUUUGAGGGACUGCAGGAGUUCUGUGGGAUGGGUAGUCAGUCAUCCCACCAGUACUUACCAAUAUAUUUUGGUAAUGUAUGUCUCCGCUUCUUACCGGUGUUUGACAUUGUUAUACAUCGAUUCUUGGAAUUGCCUCCAGUCACCAAGUCUUUGGAAACCAUACUGGACCACCUCGGUGGCUUGUAUAAAUUCCAUGGUAAGUACACUUAUAUAUAUAUAUAU